UGCACGCGUCCCCUAUAAGGAGGGAAAUACUCUCAGCCUCAAAGACGUGAGCUCCUGCAGACAUGCCUCGCAUUGAGAACGACAUAAAAUUGGACUUCAAAGAUGUCCUGCUACGCCCAAAACGCAGCACCCUCAAAUCCCGCAGCGAGGUGGACCUUACACGCAGUUUCUCCUUCCGGAAUUCGAAGGGCAGUUACCAUGGGAUCCCAAUCAUCGCGGCCAACAUGGAUACGGUCGGAACCUUUGAGAUGGCUACAGCGUUGUGUCAGUUUUCGCUUUUUACUGCCAUUCACAAGCAUUACGCAGUGGACGAGUGGAAGGAAUUUGCAGCACAACACCCUGAAUGCGUACAGAACGUGGCAGUGAGCACAGGCACGGGGGAGGGGGAUUUUGAAAAGCUUAGUGCCAUCAUAGCGGCUGUACCUCAGAUCCAGUACAUUUGUGUCGACGUUGCUAACGGUUACUCCGAGCACUUUGUCCACUUUGUCAAAGAUGUGCGACAGAAAUUUCCGUCCCACACCAUCAUGGCUGGCAAUGUGGUCACAGGAGAAAUGGUAGAGGAACUGAUUCUUGCUGGUGCUGACAUCAUCAAAGUGGGCAUUGGACCGGGCUCUGUGUGUACCACGCGUAAGAAGACGGGAGUGGGCUACCCCCAGUUGAGUGCUGUCAUUGAGUGUGCUGAUGCUGCCCACGGCCUGGGAGGACACAUCAUCUCUGAUGGUGGAUGUACCUGCCCAGGCGAUGUUUCCAAAGCUUUUGGUGCGGGGGCGGACUUUGUGAUGCUUGGUGGAAUGCUGGCUGGUCACUCUGAGAGUGGAGGUGAAACCAUUGAGAAGAACGGGAAGAAAUAUAAACUCUUCUACGGCAUGAGCUCUGACACAGCUAUGAAGAAACACGCUGGGGGCGUGGCUGAGUAUAGAGCUUCGGAAGGGAAGACGGUUGAGGUGCCUUUUAAGGGCCCCGUGGAGGUGACGGUUCGAGACGUCCUGGGCGGCGUGCGUUCCACCUGCACCUACGUCGGGGCCGCCAAACUGAAGGAGCUGAGUCGUCGCACCACCUUCAUCAGGGUAACCCAGCAGCUCAACACCGUGUUCGGCAAUGACAGCUAGGCCGCCCACCCCCCCCGGUCUCAGUCCAGG